AUGUAUGAUAAUAUAGGAGCACAGCCGGGGGUACCAAGACCACCUACCAAUGCACAGCCAAGUCCUUUCGGCAAUUCGUUAUACGGUGCUGGUUCAGGAUUCAUUAGAGGUGGACUAGGAGCUUAUGGAGAGAAAAUUUUAGGAUCCAGCUCUGAAUAUGUGCAAAGCAAUAUUAGCAGGUACUUCUCUGACCCUCAAUACUAUUUCCAAGUCAAUGACCAAUAUGUGAGGAAUAAAUUGAAGGUUGUUCUCUUCCCAUUUCUGCACAGAGGCCAUUGGACGAGAAUCACAGAGCCAGUGGGUGGCAGGCUUUCCUACAAACCCCCCAUUUACGAUAUAAAUGCACCAGACUUGUAUAUUCCACUCAUGGCAUUUGGUACCUAUGUUGUUCUUGCUGGCCUAACACUGGGUUUGAAUGGAAAGUUUAGCCCAGAAGCUCUGAACUGGCUAUUUGUCAAGGGGGUGGUGGGCUGGUUUUUGCAAGUCACACUGCUGAAAAUGACUUUAUUUUCACUGGGUGGUGGAGAGGCACCUUUGCUCGACAUCGUGGCAUAUGCUGGGUAUACUUUUACAGGAUUGUCUCUGGCGUUCUUGGGACGAAUUUUCUCGAAAUAUGCUUACUACUUUCUGAUGCCGUGGGCAUGCUUAUGCAUGGGAAUUUUCUUGGUGAAGACAAUGAAGAGAGUUCUUUUUGCUGAAGUGAGGAGUUUUGAUUCAAGCAGGCAUCACUAUCUCUUGCUCUUCAUUGCCAUGGCACAGUUCCCACUUCUCAUUUGGCUUGGCAACAUUACUCUGAAUUGGCUUUUUUAA